UAGCUCUGGGCCUCUGAUCCUCUCCCAUCUGUAAUCUGUAAUCAUAGAAAGCUUCCCUGAAGAAGAAUGGCUUGAAGAGUUGGCAACGCCUCGUAGCAGCGUUCUCAACCAGCAUUUCUCCCUGUCUAUCCAUGCUCUCUCUCGACUUAAGCUGCUAUCCUUAACUAAUCUCCCUCAACUCCUUCUAUGUCUUGUCUGCCAAUCUGCUUCAGUGCAGUUUUCAUUUCUCUGUAUGUUUAGUUACACUGUAAAUUCAAGCGUAGAUAUUCAGAGACACAGCGAGUGUGUUGGCGUUGUGGGGGAACGAUGCCGUUGGUGAGAGUCGGUGUAAGAAAUGAGUACGCCCUGGGAGCGGCGGAAUUGUACAAAGAGGCGGACAAAGAGGACCCUAAAGCAGUGCUAGAUGGUGUCACAGUCUCCGGACUUGUUGGCAUCUUGCGCCAGCUUGGUGAUGUUGUUGAAUUUGCAGCAGAGGUCUUUCAUGGUUUGCAGGAGCAAGUAAUGAUCACUUCCUCUAGAAGCCGUAAAUUGAUAGCCCGCGUGCAGAGUAUUGAAACUGCACUUCCCUCAUUUGAGAAAUUAAUACUAGCACAGCAAAGCCAUUUGCAUUUUGCUUAUACAACUGAUUUCACCUAUCAUUGUGUACAAACAAAGUUACUGCCCCUACUAUUGCUUGCAAACUCUAUAGGACUUAAUGACUGACUUACUACCUCCGUCCCAAAAAACGAUUCCUGUUUGACCAAGGUUCCAAGUGGCAUACUCAUAGUCAUUGCGAAGAAAACCAUUUCAUAUACAGUGAUUUGCCCAGGUUCCUCAUGGAUUCCUAUGAAAAGUGUCGUGGACCCCCACGGCUGCACUUUUUAGACAAAUUUGACCCUGGUGGUUCUGGGUCUUGCUUAAAAAGGUAUUCUGAUCCAACUUUCUUUAAGCGAGCUUCAGCUGGGUCUGGUGAAGCAUAUAUUGGGAAAAUCUUAAAAGAUAAGAAAGGACGCAAGUUUAAGAAAAAAAGGUUGCUGCAGAAAAAUAGAGAGGGGUCACAUGGGGUGUCAUUAUUGAAUAGUAGCAGAAUGGAGUCGCGAGAGAUUGAUGGACAAACAUCCCCUUUCCAUAAAAUAUCAACUCAAGAAGGUGCUUCUUGUCGGAGCUUCUUGAUGUACCCAGAUGUUGACAAAGCUAAGGAGAUACCAUCUUCAAUAAAGAGUCACAAUGACAAUUCCAAAGGUUGCUACUUUUCUGAUGAGAAAAAAGGCGAUGGUUGUUUUGGUAUUAGUUUGUCAGAAGAGAAAGCAGGUCAUAUAUCAUCUCUGUACACAAAGAAGGAGCUUAGGCGGUCUGAAGGGGAUAAUAAUUGUAGCCACUCAUCCUCAACUUUAUCACAGAUGAACUCCAAUUGUUCCCUUGAUUCUGUUCAUCUUGAUGAAAAAUGUGGUCAUGUAUAUGGUGAUAUAAGCAAUGUAUGUUCAGAGGAAUGCAAUGGUGUGACUUGGAAUGGAAAGAGGCAACUUGAAGAAGAUAAGUCUGGAUUGUCAAAGGAUUCUGCAUUUUUAGAAGCCAAAACUCAAGAGAUAUCAUUUCCAUUGAAGAUUCGCCAUGAGGAUUUGUUAGAUUGCAGCUUUUGUGAUGAGAAAAGAGGUGAUAUUUGUGUUGGUAUUAGCUUGUCAGAAGAGCAAACCAACCAUAUACCAUGUCAUGACAAAAUGAAAGAGCUGAGACGGCUUGAAGAGGAUAGUUCUAGACCGUCAUUCUCUACUUCAUUGCAUGCAAACUCUAAUUGUUCCCUUGAUAAUGUUAAUGCUGAUAAAAGAAGUGGCCAUAUUUGUAAUAACUAUUCAGAGGAACACAAUGGUGUGACUUGGAAUGGAAACAGACAACCUCAAGAGGAUGAUUCUAGAUUGUCAUUCCCUGUUCCAUUACAGACAUAUUCUUAUGCAUACUCUAAUGGUACUUUUGAUCAUGUUCAUUCAAAUGAAAAAGGUGGUGAUAUAUAUGGUGAUAUGAGUAAUGGCUUUUCAGUGGAACACAGAGGUGUGACUUGGAAUGGAAAGAGGCAACCUGAAGAGGAUAAGUCUAGAUUGUUGUUCCCUGUAGCAUUACAGACAGACUCCUGUCCGUACUCUAAUGGUUCCCAUGAUCCUGUUCAUGUUGAUGAAAAAAGUGGUGAUAUUGAUAUUGGCUAUUCAGAAGAACACACUGCUGUGAUCGGGAAUGGAAAGGGGCAACCUGAAUUGAAUGCGUCUAGAUUGUCAUUCCCUGAUCCAUUGCAGACAGAUUCCAACGGUUCCCUUAAUUCUCUUAUUCCUGAUGAAAAAACUGAUGAUAUGUGUGCUGAUGUUAGAAAUGACUUUUCAGAAGAACUUGAUGCUUUCAUUUCAUACUCUGCUACUCAGAAUAAUAUUGCAGGACCUUCAGGGCUAUCGCCCAUAGAGUCCUUGUAUUCUCCAUCACAUAAGAAUCAGGACACCAAAAGUAUCGAAAGUGAUUUCUUUCAAAAACAAAAUUGUUCCGAUCCACCUUGCAAUACUUUGGAUGGAAAGAUGAGCUCAUUGCAUAUUCCAGAACAGCUAUGUAAUGUUGACGGAAAUUUAGAAUCAUAUUCUGCCAAUGUAAGCGCAGUUGCUCAGACAACAGCUGUUGUAACUCUUGGUACUGUUGAGCAUAUAUAUUUGCCUCUGGAAAACAAAAGGAUGCAAAUAUCCAAACAUGGUGACACCCUGUUUGAUGAACUUGACUGUGAAGCAGAUGAUGUUGUGGAUGCCUUUAACUCUAUUGAUUCUGAGUUAGGAAGAGAUUUAGAUUGUCAAACAAAGAAACAUGUAGAUUCAGACUCUUAUUUGAAUGCCAAAGUAGCAGAGGAUAUCGUGUCCAAAGUCAUACCUAGAUCUGUUGACAAUCUCUCACCUAAUUUGAUUUCUGAAGCUGGUGAAAUUCCCAAUAGAAAGGUUAAUCUAAAUGAGAGUAGUGAUGCCCGGGAUACAUCAGAUGUAGAACCAAUUACCAAUUUGCCAUCCUCAGAUUGUGUUUCUGGGAUCAAUGGCUCAGAAGAUAAUCUUUCAUCAGUCAAGUUCUGGACAAAUGGUGGCUUGCUCGGACUUGAGCCCUCAAAGCCUCCAGAUAGUGUAUUAAAAGAUGUGACUGGAGUACCUAUGGCCAUUCAAGAUGAUGCAUCUUGCUCUGCAAAACAAAGUAUUUAUCCUACGGAUGAAAUGAAUGCCAGAAGAACAUCAUGUGUGACAGAGAAUGGCUCCAAAUAUAUAGAAGAAAAUCAGCAGUCUGUAAGGUGUAGUAGUAGUAAUCACAACAUUGAUGGCGUCUCUUUAAGCAACACAUCCUCAAGAUUCGCAUCAGUUGGUUUGGAUACCAAAAUGGAGAAAUCGAACUCCUUAUGUCAACAAAACUACAUAAACAGUGUAAUGGGUCAAGAGAAUGUUAAUAAUUCAUCUAGGAUCCUUUCCCUUGGAAACAGGCUGCUUGUAAAUGGAUGUCACAAUAACUUAUCAUCACUUGGUUCAGCUAACAGAUCUGUGCAGAAGAAUCAAAGUGAAGAUAUCAGUACUGCUAAAACCUUCGCCGAGAAGAGAACGAAUAUUUCUAGAAGUGGGUCACCAGUUAUGUCACCCUCUUGGUCACCUCCACUUGGUCAUAUUAAAAUAUCUUUCCAGCCUAUAGAUGGAUUUGAGACUCAUAAGCUGAAACUCAGAUUUCCUGAUAGGGGUGAUAUGUUUCCUUCAUUCCAUCUGGUACCUGAGGCUGCUGUAUCAUUUCAUGACAUCAGUUCAGAUUCAGAUGAUGAAACAUUUUGCAGAUCAUCUGUGUGUAUGUCGGAUGAUUGUCUCAGUCAUCAGUCUGAAUCUAACUCUGAUGAGCAAUGGGAGUCAGGUGAAUCUUCUGGUAUAAAGGACCAUGAAAUAUAUGAUGCUCUACAAAGAAUAUCACUGGUGGAGUCUUCUUCAACAUCAUUUGAUAAUAAGCUAACGACCGAGGGGGAGGAAUUACAGCAUGAUAGUGUGAAGGGUCUAUUAUUUUUUUCUGAACACAGCUUUGAACAAUCCACGUCUGGUUGUUUCUAUGAUCUCCCUGUUCUGGAUACACUUAGACCUGCUCUACAGCAACCUCAUAAUAGUCAGCUUAUGAAAUCAAUGUCAGAUGUGACAGAUGGCAGCAAAGAUGAUUUACUUAAUGGUCAUAAUUAUGCACUUGGUGAGGAAAAUUGGAUGGAUACCUGCUUGCAUCAACCCAAGCCUGCCCUACUGAAUCAAGAUCUAGUUAGUGAGCCUGUAUUUCAAUUGAAAAGCAAGGUAAAAAUUAUUCGUCUCCGGUGUUUAACAUAUGCAGAGGUUGGACAUGCAACAGAUAGAUGAGCGGAAAGUAGCCAAUCAGACUGCAACUCGUAAGGAAAUGGGCGAGAAGGGAGACUUUCUGCACCAGAUCAGAGCAAAGUCACUCAGUCUUAGAUCGACAUUUACAGCAAAACCAACCCAUCCAACUGGACUUCCACCAGGUGUGAAUGCAAUUCUGGAGAAAGCAAAUGCAAUUCGUCAGGCUGUAGGGAGUGAUGGCGAAGAUGAUUAUUGGAGUGAUACUUAAAAUCAUUCAGAGUUACAGAAGCCUGUGUGAUAUUAAUGCAAUAAGCAGUUCUUUGUAAUUACGGAGUACAUAUUAAAACAAUAAUAAUACGGAGGAUUUUGUAGGAUAUUUUAUAUAUAUGCUGCUGAGCAAUUUAUUUCAUACUUGCAAGGUAAACAGCAAGUUCAAGCAUGCCUGAAAUCUAAGUAUAGGCAUUUAUUUCAUUCUUUUAUCCUUGAAGUAAAGAAAGUGGUGUCAAUAAGUAUGAACCAUUAGUCAUGUACGUAAAAAAAUUCUUAUUUUAUCCUACAAUUUUUUUAUUCAGUUCUAAAAAAGGAAUACGAAGUUUCUUUUGAGUGAGAUUGGUUUUGUUUGUCAGGAUAAAAUAAUGAUGGUAGCAUUUGAAGAAGUGUUAUGUUUUAGGCUUAUGUUCUCGUAAAUGUAUUAUUUCAAUACAAUGUAUUUCUCGAUUGACUUCAGUCUUUGAGCAAUGAAGUUUAUUCUACCACUAUAUUGAAGUUUUUUUAAUUGUAUAUUAAUAAUUAAUUAAUUGAAGGGUAAUAUUUAUUUACCUAGUGAUAAAAUCUAGGGUUUAGGUAAUUA